AUGUGCCGUCAGUGCUGGUGCGUCCCUCCAGAGUCUCCGUACCAUCUGCACGGACAUACGGCCAUGGAUCAUUACCUGGAGGACGCAGUGAUGAAUCUGGACCACAGCGACCCCAUGAUGCGCGAUCACAUGACCGCCGUUCUGGCCCAGGUGCGGCCCAAGCUCUACACGUACCUGCAGCAGGACGCCCACAGUGCGCUGAGCAAGAGGGCGCGCCGCCUCAUGAUGAUGCUGCAGGGCCUGGUCAACCACUAG